AUGCCCCGGGCCCAGCGGCUGGCCCGGCUCCUCGCCCACCUGCAGGACCCGCAGAGCGUCGCCCGUUUCCAGCGCCUGUGCGGGGUGGACGAGCCGCCCGGCUGGGCGGGGGCGCGGCGGCGGACGGGGGAUCUCCACCACCACCACCACCACCACCACCACCACGACGAGGAGGAGGAGAAGGAGCGGCGGGAGGCGGCCGGCGGCGGCGGCGGCGGCGACGCGGCCCCCAACGGGCAGAAGCCCGGGCGGUCCUCGGGCCCCGGAGCGGCCGAGCCCCGCGCCCGGGGGCCGCGGCGCAACUCCCUGACGGAGGAGGAGGCGGCGGAGGGGGGGAUGCACGGCGUGCGGAACUGGCUGCUCUACUACCUGUUCUGCUUGGGCACCGAGCUGGGCAACGAGCUCUUCUACAUCACCUUCUUCCCCUUCUGGAUCUGGAACCUGGACGCCCUGGUGGGGCGCAGGCUGGUGGUCAUCUGGGUGGUGGUCAUGUACGUCGGCCAGUGCACCAAGGACAUCGUCCGCUGGCCCCGGCCCGCCUCCCCGCCCGUCGUCAAGCUGGAGCUCUUCUACAACUCCGAGUACAGCAUGCCCUCCACCCACGCCAUGUCCGGGACGGCCAUCCCCCUCUCCCUCGUCCUCCUCACCUACGGACGCUGGCAGUAUCCACUUGUGUAUGGGCUGAUUCUCGCUGCCUGCUGGUGUUCGCUGGUUUGCCUGAGUCGAAUUUACAUGGGAAUGCACUCCAUUCUGGACAUUAUCGCUGGCUUCCUGUACGCCAUUGCCAUCUUAGCCGUCUUCUACCCAUUUGUAGACUUGAUCGAUACCUUCAACCAGACGCACCAGUAUGCUCCGUUGAUUAUCAUCAGCUUCCACUUGGCCCUGGGGAUCUUUUCCUUCACCCUGGACACAUGGAGCACUUCCCGGGGCGACACGGCAGAGAUCCUGGGCAGCGGGGCCGGGAUCGCCUGUGGGGCUCACGUGACUCGCAGCCUGGGCCUGAUGCUCGAUCCUGCCCCGGAAAAGCUGCCCUUCGCCUUUCCCCCCGCCUCGGGGGCUCUGCUGGGAAAAGCCAUAUUGAGGAUUCUGCUGGGAAUGGUGUUUGUGCUGAUGAUGCGAGUGGCGAUGAAGAGGGUCACCAUUCCUCUGGCCUGUAAGAUCUCUGGCAUACCGGGCGAUGAUGUCCGAAAAGCCAGGCAGCACAUGGAAGUGGAACUCCCCUACCGUUAUGUUACCUACGGGAUGGUUGGCUUCUCCAUCACCUUUCUGGUUCCCUUCCUGUUUGUGGUCAUUGGGCUCUCUUGAUGGAGCCGGUUGUGUAGGAUGUGGAGGCUGACCAGGAGGCAGGAAGGCAGUCGAAAAGCCACUCUACCUUUGGGAGCUAGGAUUGAGCAAGAAGUUUUUCUUAUAGGAUAAUCGAUAGCAGUAGUGCAUAUUUUGUUGCAUAACCCCGGUAUUGUUUUGGGGGAGAGCGGAGGAAGCCUGAACGUCGCAUAAGUGCCAUGUUCGGGGUGGGUUUUUUGACCAUGAGAUUAAAAUUCGAUGCCCAUAUACAUAUAUAAAUAUACAUAUAUAUAUUUUUAGAUGUAUAACCUAUAUCUAAUGUACAUUAUGUAUUCAGAUAUCGAGGACCUAAGUCUGAAAAACUGUGGGUGUGUAUACACAAAUCAUUUUUCCAGUAAUGUUAUCGAUAGCCAGUCAGAAAAUUUCAUGCAUCAAGAGUAUGAUUCCUAAUUUAAACGGAAUGAAUAUGUAGCCACGUAAGUGUGUUCUGUCACCCCUCAACGUCCCCCAUCUCAUGCUACACCCAGGGUGGUACCCGGAAUGCAUUUCUGAUGGACCAAAUUUGCAAGAAAAUCAACUUUGAAAUUCCACGCCCAUAUUUUUCAGUUCUGUGCCUAGUGUAAAAUUCCUUGGUUUGCAGUGGUUCUGGAGAUCAGUAGAAUGGAUUCAGGUACUGUAUUUUACAAAUGCUCGAGAACUGUGCCUUUCUGUUGCUAAAUGAAGAUGUACCAUGUCUAUUGUGAUAGAGAAACAGGACUGCUGUGUUUAUCGGAAAUCAUUACAUUAGGGCAGUACUUUUAAAGUAUGUCCAGAUAGCUUUGCCAGUGGAAAAAAGCAGCAUUUUCAUCUUGAUUUGAUGUUUAAAUUGACAGGGAUGGGCUGAAGCAUCGCCCUGAUCUCUUGACAACUAAUGGAUAGGAGUUCACUCUUGCCGGUGUUUUUUCUUAUGUGCAUUGAAAGUUGGGGGAAGAAGAUAUAUAUUUUUUGUCAAUUGCCUUCCUGGUUUAUAUUGCAAAUAAAUAUUUACAGUAAAUGGACAUGUAAUGGAAAGUUCCUAGCUGGGACAAGGCAUCUGACUGUGGCUUCAUUUUGUAACAUUCUUACAGACUGCUUCAAAAGGACUGGAGUUGAAAGUGUUAGUCUUUUCGAUCCAUUCAUUAAAAUGCCUGAGACAAAAUGCUGAAGUCAAAGUGUAUGGCUUGAUGAAGAUGAUUAUACGAAACCAGUUUUGCAAACAGAUUAUUUACCAGCAGUUUUAGAGCCUGAUAUUUUUAACUUUGCAUUCUUCUCUCUGUGUCACUUUAGAUGCAGGUUUAGAAAAUGAACUGUGAUUAAGGGAGAGUGACGUUCAUUUUCUUACCCUGUCUGACUUUGAAUAGAGAAAUGUUGCUUCGGCUAAACAUUGGAAUAAAGUAUGGAUAACUAGGGCAUUUAGGGUAGUUGAUUUUUUUCCCCUCAUCAGACAGGUGCAAAUUGGCUGCAGUUGGCAGCCCUGAGGGAAUUUGGCCAAUAAUUAAACCAUCAAUCAGUAGUAUUUAUGGAGCACUUAUUCUGACAAAGCAUUGUUCUAAGCACCGGGGAGGGUACAUAGAACAAAAUCGGUAGACAGGUUGUUCUCUGCCCCCAGAAAGCUUGCAGUCUACAGAGAGAGACAGAAAAUUUAAUUAAUUUCUAGAUAUGUUCAGGAAGGCUGCGUAGAAGCCAUGAAAAUCUGCAUUUAAAAGGGAAUAUUUUCCACCUUGAGGUGUCUGUUGUGCCACUAAAUUUUAUUACCAGUUAAAAGGAUUUUCAUUCGCAGAUAGGAGGUUCAGUUUUAUUGGAGUUUUUUGACUUUCAUUUUGUGCCCUACUUAUUAUGAUUCCUACUACUGUAAUUAUGAGCUUUGCUCUAACUGUACUUCAGAAUCAAAGUCAGAUUCUAAGAUGAAAGUUUUCUCCCCGAAGAGACUUGAAAGCACAAUUCCGUACAGGUUCUGAGCAAGCCACUCUAAGUCUCAGGCCGUGAGUGGUUUUUUUCUCUGCUGCCAUUUGUAGCUCAUCCAAGAUUAAAGCUUUGGUUUUAGUAACCGUGGGAAGAGCAAGAGGUUCCUAAGGGAGCCUGCUGGACUCUUCCCUUAACAAUGGCCUAAAAGUACAAGUCGAAUGAAAGAUGACUGAGUCACUCAAAGGCAAUUCUGCAUGAAAAGAAAUGAUUCCCAUUUGGUUGGCAGCCAGGGUUAGAGGAAACCUACAUCGUAUUGUUUCUGUUUAGUGCCCCGCCAACUGUCAGUCAAUCGAAAUAAAAUAAUCCCAUGAGAUAUAAAAGGAUACUACAGUAUUGGGGCCUGGGGGGGAAGCCACACUGGGGCGAAAUACCCAGAAGUGAGUCUUUCUACGGCUAGGAAGAUAUUGAGGUUCACCCUCCUGUCAAAUUUUGGUUCUUUAGAAAGCUGUACUUGCACUUCAGAGUUUAAAAUUCUGUGCUUCCUGCCUGGCACUGCCGGUGCCACAGAAACCUGGAGUCAGAGGCAGACGUGAAGCGCAGCUACACAAAGGAGGUAGCUUCAUCAACAUCAUCAUCAGUGGUAUUUAUUGAGUGCUUACUCUGUCCAGAGGUGAGGAGGGAGCCAAGUGGGUAGCGGGUGCCGAGAAAUCUGGGCUCCUUUCCUGGACUUGGUCCCGGUUACUUUCUCGCUGCCACGUUCAUAAGGUAUGAAAGGGACUGCUGUGACUCGAGGGCAAUGUCACAUCAAAUAUCGUGGAUGUCACAACAUGAACCGGUGGACCGUAACCGAGGUUCAACGAGUUUCAACAUCACGGGUAACAGAGUGCAGACGGCAAUUAGUCAAUCAUUAGAAAUGAGGAUAUGCAGAGCCCGGGACUGAAACUCGGGAGAGUGCCAUAGGGUUAGAAGAUGCGAUCCCCACCCUCAGAGAGCUUACAGUUUAGCAGAGGAGAUGGACACGGGAUCAAUUGAGGACAGAGGAAAGAGGAGAAAUUGAUAAGAAGGUGACUAAGUGCUUGGACUGUAGCGUGUAAGAGUCUAUAUGAGCCGCAGAAGUGCUUUGGGUGGGAGGUUCCGAACGUGGACGUGUUACGUUGAUAAACUUGCAACUUUUUUGUGGAUGUGAAUAUUUUCAGAAAGAAGAGAUAUAAUAAUUAUCCCUGGAAGUAACUUGAUCUUUUUUCUUUGGUGUACACCAAUACCUGUCGUUAUUGUUAUUCUUGUUAGAUAUAAGGGUAAAAGCACUUGGUCCAGGUGAGCUUUUUUUUAUUUUUAUUUUUUUUUUACCAAAAGAGGAAAAAAAUAAAUAGAGUUUUAUAGCGGUGGUAGAUCGUCCACAAGCUUUCCUGUUGUAGAGGACAUUUGAGAGGGAUCAUGUAACUUCUCUGAGGCAGAAGGAAAUGUUGUAAAUAGUCCAAUUUACAAGGCUGAAAAUUUUAUCUCCAGUUUUUCAUUUUAAGUUUACAAUGAUUAUUAAUACAUUUUAAACCUAAUCCUUAGCUGAUGCUGAAAUAAAAUGUGAAUAGCAUUUUGGAAAA